ACGGUGAUCACGUGAAUCUGACCAACUGAUCGUGACGUCAGCAAGCAACAUGGCGGACUGGAACAGAGGUCAUGGCUCUGUGGACAACAUGCUGGAUGCUGAAAACAAACGACUGGCUGACAAUUUGGCCAGUAAAGUCUCCAGACUGAAAUCUCUGGCUUAUGACAUCGACAGAGAGGCGGAGGAUCAGAACGACUACUUAGACAACAUGGACUCAAACUUCCUGAGUACAACGGGCCUGUUAAGCGGCAGUGUGAAGCGGUUUUCAACAAUGGUCCGAUCCGGCAAAGACAAUCGGCGCCUCCUCUGCUAUGUGUCUGGGGGGCUGGUCCUGGUCUUCUUUCUUCUCUAUUACCUAGUUUCCAGGAUCCAGAGCUGAUUUCUGGAGAACAUCAUCAACCAGGGACCGAUGCUGACAUGGAACUGAAACACUGGCUGAUAGGCUUCAGUAAUGUCUAAGGUCCUCAUGCUAAGAGAAUACCUUUUUAAGAAAAGAAACUGGAUGUAUAUAUGUGUAUGUUUAGCUGAACCAAUGUACCAGUGGUAUUUGCCAUCUCACCAGGGUAACUAUAGGUGGUGGUGUUAUUCAAAAGAAUAUGGAGUCUUUAGAAAGUAAAAAAAAACUAAACCAGGGAACAUAUCAACAUGCGUGUUCUUCCACAUGGAGCUGUCUCUGUGCUGCAAAGUUAAGAGGGCUUCAUUCAAACACGCCAAGGCGGACAACCUGCAAUUAUCUAAAGCCUCAUUAGAUCAGACUUUCAGUCUGGGAUCUGUAUGACUUUUACGCCUCGUGAUCAGCUGAGAGGCAUCUACACAGAAUGGGGAGUUGAAGUUGGCCUAUCGCUGUCAUGCCUCUGAUCCACAUCAGGAGGCAGUAAAUGGACUGAAUUUAUAUAGUGCUGGUCAUGGAACCAUACCCAUAAGCCAUGAGAGGAGGGUAGGGGGAAGAGUUAGUCCAGAUUACUGAACGUGUGUGGCAAAGUGAUAACAGCAACAGCACACGAGCAUGGGAUACAAUCAGAGCAGCAAAACUUUAUGAUCCUCCAGCAUCUGUCCGAUCUGAGAAAGGAUCGAUCGAAUCCGGAUCAACAUAUUUUAUCCUAAAUUAUGUUUCAUAACAGGAAGCUGUGCACCAACUACAAAUAAUAAUUUUGUCUUCAUAUUGUUAUGAAAGAAUGCAUAGAGGAAUUGAUGGAAUGACUGUCCAAACAAAUGUACAUUCAAUCAACACUUAAUGUUGGUACCUGCAUGAAAUGUUUAUAAUGUGUCGCUUUGAAAGUUAAGAUCUGACCAACCUGAUCAUACGGAAGCCGUCGUUGGCCAUUCCCGCCAGAUUUUUCAACAGUUAUAUUACAAAAAUAGUCUUGUAAUGAUUGUGGGAUAAUUAUCUUACUAUCUUGGGAUACCAAAAGUAGUUUUGUCAUGAAAAGAUGAUGAAUUCAGCAAUAAGAAGAUGUUAUGAAGCUUAUAAAGUUAUAGUUGUUUAAAGUUCA